AUGUGGGUUGUACCUGGCAGUUUUAGGGCACGACGAUGCGACGGUUUUGGUGUAGAAUGGACCUGGUCUGUUGAUCGGGCCUGUGCAACAGUUCCGUGCUCGAGCCUGAGGCGACCGCGACCACGACAGGGCGCUACGGUGCGGCGAGAGCGAAACUGGAGUCAAAAGCCGUGUGGCGUCCCGGGCAACACAGUGGUGAGAGUCUCUUGCCAUAUAGGGCAAAGUUCGAGUAAUGACGAGGGUGGCACUGGAGAGCCUCUGGUGCACAGCAGUGGCGAACAGGCGUGGCAGCGUCGUGCGCUCUCCAGCACCGGUACAAAGGACGCGGAGCUCGACGCUAAUGAGCUGGAUGACGGCCUCUGGGGUAUUGUUUCUCAGCUGCCAGUCAAGCGCAUUCUCAUCUGGGCUGCGUUCUGCUGGCUCGUGUACCUUUGUCGCCCGUUCAUGGGUGUGUUAUUCGGUACGUUCGUCGUCUCGUACGUCGGGGUCUCUUUUUGCCAAUGGGGCACACGUUUUCUCCAGCGGUUCGGUAUCCAGGCUGCCCGCCGUGUCAUUGUUGGCGUCUACUACAGCGGCAUCGCUUUGUUCAUCACGACGAUGAGCCUGUUGACGAUCCCGCGGAUCAUCAAAGAGGGCCAGUACUUUGUGGGCAUCAUACGGAGUAGCAAUCCAUACGUAUGGAUCGCGGAUACCAUGCGACGAGCCCUGGGUGAUGAACUCUCUGCCAAGGUGGAGGCCUUGGUGCUCUCAGAGGGUUAUGCUGAGCUUGCAGACCAAGACACCGGGUCGAGUGCUGGCCAGAGCCCGUCCACAAACGGAGCCGAGACUUCCGAAAGCACAAACGAGGCUUCUCCGGGGCCGGUGCAAGUCCGCAUACCGCAUCGCGGCAGCGCAGCAGAUGCCAAGGCGGAACGAGCCCCUGGCAUCGCUGCCGGUCCGCUAGCGACCAUGAAUGCACCGGCAGAGUGGACAGAGGAGCGAUCGAGACGACUCGGUUUGAUCAUCCAAAAGUCACUUUCGCGUUAUGUGAAUCGUUUCGCCUCCAUCGUCAGCAGGAUUUUGAGCAACAGCACAAAAAUCAUUGUGAAAGUACUGCUUUCCCUGGUGUUCUCAUUCCUGAUCGUCUGGGAUCUGCCAUCUGUGGCUGCUGGCCUGCGUUCUCUUCGCCGCUCCCGACUGCGGGCAGCGUACUUGGAACUGGCGCCGGCCAUUGGUGAGUUCUGCGCCCUCCUCGGCCGUUCAUUCGAAGCACAGUCGAUUAUUGCGCUUGUGAACACGACGUUGACAACGAUUGGCAUGGGGAUUCUCGGGUUACCGGGUAUUGGCUUUCUCUCUCUUCUCUGCUUGAUAUGCUCUUUUAUUCCGCUUUUCGGGAUUCUGCUCAGCACACUGCCGAUGUGUGUCGUCGCGCUGACGGAAUACGGGCCAAUGCGUGCAUUCGCCGUCGUGGUUAUGGUUGCAAUUGUUCACCUGAUUGAGGCCUAUUUCCUGAAUCCACAAAUCUACAGCGCUCAUCUCAAGCUGCCGCCCUUGGUUGUUCUUAUGGUUCUGUACAUUGGCGAGCAUGCAGGUGGCGUCAUGGGUCUUAUUCUUGCAGUGCCGCUGACGGUUUAUUUGUUGCGAUGGAUCUAUGAUAUUCCAGAAACGAAGGAACGUUCUGCGUACGUGAGCUCUAUGCGAGCGACCAGCUCGAAUGGCAGAGAAGAGCCAAGCGAAGACGUGACGAUCACGCGCCAGCAGCAGCAGCAGCAGCAAUAG